AUGAAUCACCGACGGCGAUGUACGUCUAGCAUCAGCAUUUUCAUACUUGUUCACCUUGCCAUUUUACGAGAAGCAAAUUCGUUCUCUCCAUUUUUUCUAGGACCAGAGUUCCGCAACACAUCGUUCGUAAACGAAGGGAUGAAUGACAGAUUAGCUGAGAUAUGUGGACGAUCAAAGAGGAUUGGCGAAAGAGAAUACCCGUGGGCGGUUUCAAUUAUGCUAGAGAACGGUGUGAAUCGACUGGGAGGCUCGAUCAUCUCACCAUAUCAUAUACUCACAGUCGCACAUGGAUUUAUGAAUUUUCAUGGAGGUGAUGAGCGACCUUGCAUGAUGACGGUAUAUCGCCCACUCGUCGAAAUUCGUUCGCGCAUUGUUGGCUAUGGAGGGAGGUGCAUUAGAGGAUACAGUGAUGUCUUGCCGAAUCAUCCCGAUUGUCCCGAACCGGACGUCACUUUCAAUAGAAUAAGAAGUGUUCUAAUAGAUGAAACCUUUGUGCGACAAGGAUGUCACCAUGGGCAUGACUGGGCGAUCGUAGAAUUAGAAGAAAGGAUUGAGUUUACGGAUAAACAAAAACCGAUAUGUUUACCUCCGCCGAGUUUGACUGUUGAACCAGUGAUUAUUACUGCCGGCUGGGGAAGAAGCUACAUCUUCAAUGAAAGUGGACCUUUGAUACAUGAAAUUCCCAUGGUUGUAGAUCCGAAGUGCGAUAGACCAAGAACAGAUAAGCUGCCAAGCAAAGCUGCAGACUAUAUCUGUGCUACAUCAAUGGACAUGGAUGAUUAUUUUGCUCCUAGGACAUGUCAUGGUGACAGCGGAGCAGGCAUGGAACAGAUUGAUGAACGUGGAAGGAGUAUACUGGUGGCUCUGACAUCGUUUGGCACAAAAGGAUGCCCGUCUAAUGAGUUAGCAAGAUUCACAAGAGUAGACCAUUACCUCCAGCCGAUCUGCGCACAUACUGGAAUAUGCUAUUCUUAUAUCGGAAGAAUUAUCAGACGAUCAUCUAACAAUCUGUAGUUUACGUUCUACUAGACACAGUUGCAAUCUUAAUAGUGCGGAAGUUGAGGACUGUAGAUAUUGAGAUUGCGUAUCUCAGCAUUAGUGAAACAUGCAACAAUUUCUAAACUUUAUUCUCCCCGCCUCAUAGCACUUGUCAACAUGUUUGUCUGUUUAUUCGCCAAAGCCAAUUUUAAAAAUUUUUAUAGACUGACCUUUUCUUCUGCAACUUCUCAACCUCUUUUAUCUGUAGAAAUUGUACAGCUCUUUUGUCCAAAUGCAUAAGCAAAUUGUUCAUUUCCCGAGUAACUCUGUCGACGGGUUCUAAUAAAAUG